GUUGAGAUACCGACAAUCCAGACUUGGAAUGUCCUCCUUCAAAUGAUUGGAAGGAUCACCACUAUAAUCACCCUUUGUCCCUGUGCUACAGGGAAUGAUGGGAGGAAUGCUACUCGUCCGAGUUGUCUUUUAAAGCAACUGGGAUCCUCUCAGUGCCAGCGUGCAAUACGUCUUCUAAUCUCGAGAAAACUACAUCAGCCUCAGAAGCCCAGCGAUCAUCCUGAAUCAGAGGUCACCAUGAAGUUCAACAACGCUGUGAAUAUCGCAACUGUUGCUUGCCUCAGUGCUUCUCCCACCCUCGCCCUCGUAACCUUGUGCUUUGAUGCCCUCGACUCCAUUAGCAAAAUACCCGGCUACUUUAUCCAAAACGUCCAACUGAACGCCUGUCCGGCCGGUUGCGCACCCAGAAUCGACCAGUGGAACAGCGAUGUGAAGGACGAGAUUCUUAACGAACUGUUGGAAGAUGGUAUCCACUACACUGGCAUCAAUGAUGAGCCGGCACAGAAGGCAUUUGUCAAAUCCAUUGAUGACCUAUAUAACGACGUCGUCUCCAAGUGCCAGAAAGAGUCCGAUGGCCUGAACCUCUGUGACGAUGAAGACAAGGUACAGCCAUUCUUGGAUUGUGUCAACAGCAACGCCAGAACCGCUGUGUUUAAAGGGGUGCCCCAAUUGCUUCCCUACAUUACAAAUGACAGGUGCCAAAAAGUCGAGGAAUACUUGAACAGCGAUCAGCUGUGGAAGGAUGACUUUCCUGAACACUUCAAGUCAUAUGUCGACCAGUGCCACGACAUCUAAAUGCCAUCAACACCAGCACUAUCCGGCAUUUCUCUGGCCUUGAAUGAAGCCCAUGAUGGAGCUCUAUCAUAAUAAAUGGGAGGAGUUGUUUGCAAAGGAUCUUAGGGGAUGCUGCGGGUCAUUGUAUUUGUACCUUUAAUUUUCAGAUUCUCUUCUAUGUGGGCAGCAUCUCUUAUUAAUGAUAAGUCAUUAUUUUAAUUCUCAC